AUGGCUGUCUUUUUGCAGGAAGUCAGCAAUGCCACUGCCACUAACAUUGAGCCUGAUGGUUCUCAAGGCGAGAUACCGCUUUCUCUGGCUGCAAAGAAUGGACACGAGGCGGUGGUGCUGUUACUACUUCAAAACAGCAGAAACAUCGGCUCUGGAAAUAACUUUGCAUCAACAAUCAGCGAUGACGACAACACCGAGACUUGGUCUGCGUCAGAAUCUGAAUCUAGCUUAUCGGGCGAUUGUCGGACGCCCCUACCUUGGGCCGCGGAGAAUGGACAUAAAGGAGUGGUACGGUUGCUGCUUGAAAGCGGCGCAAAUAUUGAGCAAGAAGACGAGAAACUCUGGAGGAUACCACUUAAUUGGGUGGCAAAAUACGGACAAGAGAGAGGAUGGGUGCUUGAGAAAAUGGUACAACUUCUUAUUGGGACAGGAGCCGACAUUGAGUCUAAGGAUGAGAAUGGUCGGACACCGCUAUUCUGGGCCUCAAUGAAGGGAUCUCAGGCGAUGGUGCAGCUCCUGCUUGAGAAGGGCGUUGACUUUGAGUCUAAGGAUCAGGAAGCAGACUGCACACCACUAUUAGUGGCGGCAGGGAACGGCCACACAGACUCAGAGCAGCUAAUACUUGGGAAGGGUGCUGAAAUCGAGGCCAAGAAUAACUAUGGACAGACUUCGCUAUCAGAAGCAGCGAAGAUGGGUAUACGUCGGUACUAG